AUGGAGAUAGAUCAAUCUUUGUCGGAAAUAUUAUCAGUAACAACAGAAAUAAAUAAAGAUAUCGAUAAAAAUAUUAAGGGAAAGAAAGUAAAAGGAGUAGAAGAAGUAGAAGAAGUAGAAGAAAUAGAAGAAGAAGUAGAUAUAGAAGUAUUAGAAGAAGAGGAAGAAGAUACAUGUUAUAUUCAUGAUAACCAAUAUGUAUUAAUUUUAUUACCAAGUGGAAAAUUUGGAGUAUUUCAUACCAACGAUAUAAUAGGAAAACCAUUUGGACAUUCAUACGAAAUUCAUGAUCGAGAUAAAAUAAAAAUUAUUCGAAACGUAGCAUUUCGUGAAGUUGAUGAAACAGAUGCUAAUAAUAAAGAAACUAUUGAUGAUCCAUCUAAACAGAAAUUAUCUUAUGAGGAUAUUGAACAAUUAAAAAAAGAUGGAUUGGAAGGACAAAAAACUGAAUAUUCAAAAGCAAAAUAUAUUAAACGUAAAGAAGCAAAAUUUUCACGCGUUUUUACGCCAGUAAGACCCACGUUAUAUUCUGUUUGGGAAUAUUUUCAUACCAAAAAUCCCUCUAAAAUAAGGGAAAUGAGAAUUGAUUCACUUUCUCAAAUGUUAACAUUAGCAAAUGUCAGAGCAUAUAGUAAAAUGUUAGUCAUAGAUGAUACUCAGGGACUUUUAAUUUCUGGUGUUUUGGAAAGAUUAGGAGGAUAUGGAGUAGUGAUAGGAAUACAUGAUGGAGAAAAUCAUAAUUUUGAUAUUAUGAGAUAUAUGAAUUUUUCAAAAAAAAUAUAUAAUUCAUUAAGAAUAUUGUCUUGGCAACAAGUUUUCAAAGAAGAAAUUCAAGCACCGUUCAAUUAUCAAAAUGAAUCAAACCUUUCAGAAAAAGAAUUGAAAUUCUAUCAUCGAAAAAAGGCCAACUAUGAAAGAAUAGAAUCAACCAGAGAAUUAUUAUUUAAAGGUGGAUUUGAUGGAUUAUUGAUUGCAAGUCAAUAUCAACCAGAAUCAAUUUUAGAGACAUUCAUUCCAUAUUUAAGAGGUUCAAGACCAAUUGUAAUUUAUCACAUCAAUAAAGAAGUAUUAAUGAAUACAUGUGUUCACAUGCGUAUAUCACGAAUAUAUUUAAAUCCUACAAUAACUGAAAGUAGAACUCAUCCUUCAAUGUCAACAAGUGGUGGAGUUGAUUUCGAAAAAAUAUCAAGUAAACGUGCAAAAUUAAAUAAAGAAGAUUAA